AUGGUUUUUUGGAAAGUCUCCAUCAUCUUACCGCUUAUUGCCGGUUGCUCCAGUGCGACGCUGUCGGUAGGAUAACUUUAGUGAGACCCGAAACGUUUAAUUUUAUGGGUUAAUUUACAGGCGUGUGCUACUGGAGUCACAUGUCCUCCGGGAGGACUUUGGAGUGAAUGGACAACCACUGGCUCCUGCGCGACGAGCUGUGGAGCAUGUUCCAACCUAUUCUACACCAGAACCUGUCUCUCACAACCCAGCAAUUGUAGCUGCACGUGAGCUCAAAUAUCAAACUUCCCAGCUGUUAUUAUCUUGUUAUUUUCAGUGGCGUCACUUCUCGUUACAUACCGUGCAACAUAACAACUUGCACGUUCCCUGCUCAGAGAACCUGCUGCAUUCCGUAUGUCACGAUGCUCAUCAACGGAUCGAUGCAAUGCGGACCAAUCCCUCAAGACAAGUCGUCCACCUACACUCCGUGCUGUCCUUCCGGCGGUCUUUGGAGUUCGUGGAGUGGGUUUGGAAGGAACGAGGCGAACACCGCCUGGAUCCAAACCCGUCAGUGUCUCUCCUCGAGUGUUGGAUGUCCGUGUACUGGAAGCACCAUCAACACGCAAACAUCGUGUCCGUGUCCGGCUAUGCAAAGUGUCGAUAGUGUUGCAAGUGCGUGCAACUACUCGUACUAUUACAGUCCUGCCAACUUUUCUGUCAACGACGCGACGUGUGCGGGCACUGCUGUCAUUAUUGCUAACAACAACGUGCGGCCGAACGUUGCGUGCAACCCGUACACAACCUACAGUAAGACACGGCAUUACUUAUUCAAAUCUGCGUUUCUUUUUUUUUUCAGAGUAUUUCUGGUACACACCGGCGAUUGACUUCACAAUUCCGGAAAGUUCCACUUGCAACCAAGAUCGGCCGUUCAAUUGUGAGCAGAGAAAACUGGACGGAUGGGACGGAUUGACAAUGAACAUUUCGUUCACUUGUGACACCGAACUCAUGAAGUGGCGAUAUGAUUGGGGAGGAUACGCUGUCGACGGAUACGUACAGCUCGUCGUUGCCUUCAAUACAACUGAAUAA